AUGGAUGAUGCGAUGGAUUCUCUAAUGAGGGGCAGGACUGUUCUUGUUAUAGCACACAGGCUUUCCACGGUCAAAAGUGCAGACACAGUCGCCGUUGUAUCUGAUGGUCAGAUAGCUGAAAGUGGCACCCAUGACGAGCUUCUCGACAGAGACGGUAUUUACACUGCACUUGUGAGGAGGCAGUUGCAAGGAACCAAAAAUGAAACCUAG